GUUACUAUCGAUCAAUCACACGCCAGCUUUGUCAUCACUGCAACAAAAUGAUGCAGGAUCCGAAUAUGCCCACACAUCAUCCAGAUAUGAUGGUCGAACAUCGUCAUAUCGAUGGUGAACUCGUUGAUGAUGCGAAAGUCAAUCAUGAACCACAUCACCUCGUCGGUGAAGUACAUCAUGGAGAACAGGAGGUGGAUAACUGGGUCCUAGAUGAGCGCAUGAAAAGGAUGAUCAUGGAUCUUCAACGACAUUGGCUUACGGACUACCAACAAUCACGAGAGAAGUUGCUAGUGGAAAUGACAGAAAAGCUUCAUCAGGAAUUCUUGUCAGAUCAGCAAAAGAUCCGUACGGAAUUGCUGACACAGUUCAAAGAUGAGCUGGAUACCACAAGGGCUGAACUAGAAGACAAGUAUCGAGAAUCGCUGAAGAUGGAGAUAGCCAAAUUGACAGAGAAACAUAAAAGGGAGCUUGCGGCUACGAAGAAAAAGCAGUGGUGUUGGCAGUGUGAAAGCGAGGCAAUCUAUCACUGUUGCUGGAACACUGCCUACUGUAGUGUCGAAUGUCAGCAGGGACACUGGGCCACGCACAAGAAGUUUUGCCGGCGCAAGAAGGGUCAACAGCAGGCGCAAAGCUCACAAAAUAAUUCGCAGCAGAACACACAGCAACAGUAAAAAAUACCGAAAUAGGCAGCGAUUUUCUUGCCGAGUUUUAUAUCCGAGCAUAAAUAUGGCCUAUAUUAGGCCGCAUCCAUCUUAGGUAGCAUGAAACAUCAAACAGUCAGAAACGUGACCCAAGACAUGCCUACACAGCAUUCAAAUCAAGCGGUUUGUGGUCUGUUUUUACUUCGUGCAGGAGAAGAAUUGUUUUUACUUCGCAUUUUCACGAAAAAAUGUUUGCUCAGUUUGUUUGAAGCCUAUUUUUGAAGAUGAUAUAGAUAACCUUGAGCUGAUAAUUUAGCGUUUGAGUAUUGAAAAGCUAAUUUACGCUAUCCCUCUGAAAGAGUCAAUGAGAAAUUUUCUUUGCUCUCUCACCUUGUCCGCACGUGUGCAACAUUUUCAGUGACGCAUUCUUUUUCUUUUCCAUUUUUUCGCGCAUGUGUAUGAGCCACCGAUGCAAGCAAUGCAUGUGUUUCCAGCGUUCGCAGGCAGAUUGUAAGUCCCCCUCAUUCGUUAUACGAGGAAUUCAGCUGGACUGCGAUGCCGCGUUGGUCGUACCACGUACAUUGUCUGCGUCAGAUCUAUUGAUUGUGUCGCUGUGCAUAUUUAGCUGUUGUAAAGAUCAGGAAGCAAUUUGUUUGUUUAGAAGCGAUUUCAAAUAUGCUUCCCUUCUUAUAAGAAAAAUUUUGGGUUUCUUCAAGGAGGUCAUUUGCGCUUUUGUCACUGGAUAUUAUAAACUCCGAAGUUUUUUUCAGCGUCAGAAGUGGAACUUCUCGACAUUUCUUGUUUUAGUCAUUAACUGUAUUAAUUUUCUUCUGUUGAUGUUUCCUUAUUUACGUUUCUCUAUGUAUCGGUUGUAUCCUUUCUAUUUGGAAUUCCACUGGUAGUUGUCACAGC